GCAGCCCUCCAAAACCCUCAUCUCCACCCUUCUCUCUCCCCACUCCCCCGUUUCCAUCUCUACAUUAGCAAGCCACUGCUGCCAUGGAAUUCCUUUUCCAAACAGUUAAACACUGUGUUAUGAACCAUCUAGCCAAGAAGCCAGUUUUCUCGACCCUCCAAUACUGGCUUGUGAACAACCCUCAUAUCCUCAACUUUUCAUGGAACCAAGGCCAGACACUAGGAGCCUCUCCACUCUUCCUCACCCUCACUGUCCUCUUCUAUCUCUCCCUUACUUUCAUCCUUUUUCAUGUCACUCUUCCCUCAGUUGGGCCUCGCAUCCUCAGGUUUCUCACAGCCAUUCAUAACAUUAUCCUCCUCACUCUCUCCUUCACCAUGGCCAUCGGUUGCGCCCUCUCCAUUAUUUUCCACUCACCUAAUGUGGACUGCAUCGUUUGUUACCCUAUAAACACCCCACCAAGAGGGCCUCUCUUCUUCUGGUCGCAUAUUUUCUAUCUCUCAAAGAUUUUUGAAUUCAUGGACACCCUCUUGAUCAUCUUGAGCAACUCCAUCAGAAGGCUGACUUUUCUCCACGUGUAUCACCAUGCAACCGUUGUGGUCAUGUGUUACAUAUCUUUACACACUUCACAGUCUUUGUUUCCUGGGGUGAUUGUCAUAAACUCUUCGGUGCACGUGAUAAUGUAUUUCUACUACUUCCUGUGUGCAUUAGGGAUACGUCCCAAGUGGAAAAAGUUUGUCACAGAUUGCCAGAUUGUGCAGUUCUUUUCAAGCUUUGGGAUCAUGGCCUGGAUUUUUUACUACCAUUUCACAGGGUUGGGCUGCUCUGGCAUCUGGGGUUGGUGUUUUGAUGCUGUUUUCAUCACUUCUCUUUUGGUUUUGUUCCUCGAUUUCCGUUCAAAGAAUUACUCCAACAAAAACGAGGCAAAGAAGAAUAUAUAAAUUAAUGGUCAUGCAUGAUUUGAUUGACCUGCAGGGCCUUUUUAUUUCCAUAAUUUGUCAGUUCAUGUUAAUUAACUCAGUUCAAGUGUUCAUCUAGUGAUACAAGUGUGUGAGA